ACUGAGAGCGCCAACAUUGUGAGCGAAACAGAGCUGGCGAGAACACCUACCUCUCCUCUCUCGCUUCAUUUGAUCAACUUAUAUUCGGCUUUUUAAGGUAUUUGAAGCGACCCACCCUCCCCUGUCCCUUUGGUCAUAAUGGGACCUCACAACCAAGAGAAACCCGUCGACAAAAACGCGGAGGGCGCCGGAGAGUUCUUCGCAGGUGUGGCUGAGAUCCUGCGAGAAAGAGACCGUCAAACCCGUCGAAGGGAAACAGUCAGGGCGCGUGCCGAAGUGGCUGAGCGGGCGGCUGACCCGAAACGGGCCCGGAAGAGUCCAGUACGGAAAGACCCGCUUCAACCACCUGUUCGAUGGCUCGGCCUACCUCCACCAGUUCAACAUCGCCUCCGGGAAGGUCACCUACCAGUCAAGGUUCCUCCAGAGCGAUACCUACAGGAGAAAUACAGAAGCCGAUCGAAUCGUGGUCUCGGAGUUCGGUACAGUGGCGUAUCCGGACCCUUGCAAGACCAUACUGCAGAGGUUCAUGAGCAAGUUCGAACCACCGGGCAAGAACGCAUCCGAUAACUGCGUGGUUAGCGUGAUGCACCUUGGCGAUGAGAUGUACGCGCUCACUGAGACUCCUCACUUGCGACGUGUGGACCCCGCCACGCUAGAGUGUGUGGGAGACAGGACGAAAUUAGAAGAAUAUGUCGCCGUGAACCAGGCUACAGCGCACCCGCAUGUCGACCCAGACGGGACUGUCUACAACAUGGGCAACUCGUUCUCUGGGAAGAAAGGCCCAACAUACAACAUUAUCAAAUUCCCUCCGGCGAAGGAGAUUGAUGGGGAGGUGAUCUCUUCUCUCCAGCAAGCGGAGAUCGUGGCCUCCAUCCCCUGCCAAUGGAAGAUGUAUCCUUCUUAUUACCAUUCCUUCGGCAUCUCCGACGAGUACUUCGUUUUCGUGGAGCAGCCUUUCGUGUUCAGUCUGAGGAAGUUCUUCUUCAACCACUUUCUGGGGAAGCCAUACUUAGGGGCCAUUGAGUGGUAUCCCGACCAGAAGACAAAGUUCCGUAUAGUGAAACGAGAGACUGGAGAAGCUCUGAAGACGUCAUACACCUCAGACGCUUUCCUAACCUUCCAUCACACCAAUGCCUACGUAAAGGACGGCCAGUUGGUGGUGGACUUGGCGGCCAUGGAAGACGGCGAGGUAAUUCACCAGGUGAUGCUCAACAACCUAGCGGACCCUGAGUUUGAGUCUCCACCAGCAACUAUGCCAACACAUCGGCGCUUUGUACUGCCUCUCAAUGUCGAAGAUUCACCCGUCGACAGUAACCUGGUGACCCUCUCCGGCACGAAAUGCACGGCCAUCAAGCGCCAGUCCGGAGAAGUGGAAGUUCAAGGGGAGAUCAUCGCCGACCGGUACUUCGAUCUUCCUCGCAUAAAUUACCGGUAUAAUGGGAAGGAAUACAAGUACGCCUACGGGGUGGAAAUUCAUCCGAAGGGAACGGAGUUUGCGAAGCUGGUGAAGAUGAACGUGAACACCGGUGAAACGAAGAUCUGGCACGAAGAGGGAAAGCUGGUAAGCGAGCCUGUGUUCGUGGCCGCCCCCGACUCCACCAAAGAGGACCAGGGUGCCGUCCUCUCUACCCUUCUCAGCAAGGAAGACCCAACGUUCGUGGCGCUGCUGGUUCUGGACCCUGCCAAGUGGACAGAAAUAGCGCGUGUGGUGUUCAAAGCUCAGGGCACAGUCACUCCCACCUUUCAUGGACAGUUUGCUGGUACCAAUGAGAAGGUCCAUCUGUUCUAAGAGGUUUCACAAAACCGCCAGAUACUCGAUUAAAUAUGUAUUAUCCACUGAUACAUACUCUCAUGCAUAUUGAGCAUUUCCUGAGAUCUGAGUUCUUAUGAAGUGCUGAAAAUGGAAAAGGGGAAGGAAGAAUGGCCGAAUAUUAUGUUUUAUAAAAAGAA